UGCUUUUUUUUCCCUCCUCCUGAAGGAAUGCAGGGACGCGCGGUCAGGAUUUAAGGAAACUUGGACGCCCGAAGCGAAUGCUUUCAGCGAAAAAGGGGCAGCGAGAGUGGCCGAGGACGGGCCGAAGAUGCAACGAUGACAGGGCGCCCUGGGACGGCCACUCAUCCUCACGAUCUGUCUCGCCUGUACUCCGCAGCCGGCGGCGCCCAUCCGCCGCCUGCCUGUCAAGCGCUCCCUGACGCUCAUCCACUCUGGCGGUUGUCACAGAGUCGAGAGGGCGAGAAUGAGUGUCGUGGGCAGCGAUGGCAAUGGGGUGGUAUGGAGGAAGGCUGAUGGGUUGCACGCUUGGCCGCAGAAGCUGGCUCUGCAAGGGUCUGGUGCUCCAUCGGGCUGGCUCCGCGAUGGGGCGAGAGGGAAGGAGCGGCAACGAGGGGGAGAUGGAGACGGGGAGGACGAGGAGGAAAGCAGGCGCUGGACAGCGGACGGCGGGCCCCGCGCGAAGGAUCCCCACGCGCAGGCCCGCGGCGCCAAGGCCUCACUUCCGCGCCUUGCUCCACUUCACCCCGUCUGGGAACUGCAUCUGGCCGCCGUUCCACUUCACGACAACGUCCGCCGGGCCACCCCCUUGCUAAAAUCGAUCGUCAUCGAGUCGGCGUCCGCAGACUCUAGCGUCGCGUAGGCGCACCACUUCACGGUCUUGUCGCCCGGGUUGCAGGCCGACCGGUCCACGCCGGGCUUGCUGUCCACCAGCCCGACGUUCGGGUUCCCCAGCGAGGCCGUGCCUCGGAUGGCCGCCUUCGUGCCGUCGAAGUUCACGAUCACCUGGCGCCUGCAGCCUGGCGCAUGCCGGGCCCCGCCCGUGCGGAGGGUCUCCACUUGGACGGCUUCUUCUCCUCCUCGUCCGCGCGCGCGGGCUCUGCGAGGGAGCCCGCCAGGACAGCAGCCAGGAUCCUUGCUGCGCAAGCGCGGCGCGGCGGCCGGCGCCCACCGGGGCGCCGCCCGGCACGAAAGCGGGCGCCAGGCAGCCCGCGACCAGCAGGGCUGCGCCCGCGCCUGGGCCGCCGGCCCCGCAGGGCGCGCCGCCGCCCCGCGGCGCCGGC